ACUCCGUAGGAGUAAGAUGCGUUCCAGCGUGCUUGUUCUAGUGAUAGUAGUCGUACUAUUUCACGCUCCUACUCAUGGCGAUCGAAGCUUAACGGCGGCCUUGGCACGCAUGCAAACCAUUAACGGGGCUAUGAUGCCAAACAUUCGUGAAUCGCUUGAUGACUGUGCGAUGCGUUACUACAAAUACGAUCAGUACGAACCUGUACGUAAACCCUUGGUACGACCGAGACAAACCGCACGACAGGUUCCUCAUCUGGCUGCCAUCGGAUGGACUGGUGCGAUAACGAAGUGGCGCUGUGCAGGAACACUCGUGUGGGAAAGCUUCAUAUUGACUUCCGCACGUUGUACGGUUGAUGAGAAUAAUGUGGCUCCCGAUGUGGCGCGAGUGGGAGAUGUGGAUCUCGGCAGUGAGGAAGACAAUCAGUACGUCCAGGAGUUGAAGAUCGCAGAGGUUAUUCGCCAUCCGGAGUUUAAAGAUGGAGAACGCGAUCACGAUAUUGCGCUGCUACGCCUCGAGACGAAUGUGACAUUGGACUCGACUGUUGUUCCGGCUUGCCUGUGGAAUCAAGAUGCGGUACACUACCGAGCGAUGCAUGUUACGGGCUGGCAAACUACCGAUCGAUCAGGGGGAUUGCCCAAGCUGUGGAAGGUAGAUGUUCGGCCAGCCACUGGGGAAUGCAAUGGAGCUAACAGUUCCCUACACUUUGCGUGUGUUGAAGGCAGCGAGCCACUAACUUGCUCAAGCCUCGAUGGAAAACUGCUGCAGGUUGAUCUGCAUCACAACGCAAAGAUGACUCCAUUCAUAGUCGGCAUAAGCUCCUCACCGAAUGGUUCUUGCGUUCCAAACGGGCCAGCAUCUUACACGAAGAUUUCAUCGUACGUAGCCUGGAUUCAGAAAACCAUUGAGUCUCGCGGAGAAUCGGCUUGGGGUUGGAAGUUUAAACCAGCAGAAUGUGCCCUGCGCUAUGUGCACCUUCGUCAGUAUGAACCCAACGUCGUCAUUGCCCGGACGGAAACACAAGAAACGGUAGAUCCUUCUCGGGCGACGAUGCAGAUACUGUACUCGGAGGCGGUCGUCGAGAUUCGCUUUUUCAGCUUUAUUAGCGUCUGCUUCGGCGUCAUCAUCGAUGAGCAGCAUGUGCUGACGUUAGCUCAGUGUACCACUCAGUAUGGACGACGCGCUAAAGCAGUGCGAAGCGAUCUAUUAGGGUAUACGGAAAAGCCCGUUGUAGACCAUUUCAACCAUCCCGGUUAUAUAGAGGGAGAGCAUCGCAAUAAUAUUGGCAUCUUGAAGAUGCGCGAUCGAUUCGAUUUUCGUGACACACUCGUCCCAUACUGUAUUGGCCAUGAAGCGGAACUGCCCCUGAGUGAAGUGAAGGUCGCUGGCCAAGGUCGCUGGGAUUUGAAUUUCUUCAGCGAGCACAACAAAUCGGUAAAUGUGUUCCAACCCAUGAUGGCUCAUCUGUUACCCCGUGCAGAGAUACUAUCGCCAGGCAACUGUUCCUACCGGGACGACAUUAAGGUUGGACUUCCGGGGGGGCUUUUCGAGGAACAUCUGUGCUAUGGUAAUGAGCAGUACAUAGUGCCAGAAACGUGUAGUCAAGACUUUGGUCGACCGAUCGGUGGGUUCGUUGAGCGGUUUGAUAAGACCUUCCGCUACGCGUAUGCGUUGACAUCGUUCGGACAGGACUGUGGUUUCGGUUCACCGGCUGUUGGUGUACGGUUGGCGCACCAUGCUCACUGGAUCAAAUCGAUUAUGCUGCCAGACUAUCGGAAGGAUAGUGGAUCGGUUUUCUUUAUCAAUUCGGAUUUGCUGGAAGGAGAUACGUGUCGGCAUGUUGAUGGUGCCGGUGGCACCUGUGUAGACGCUAGCCGGUGUCCUGCCAUUCGGUACGGUUUCUCUGUUAACCGUCAGGUGGUGUUUUGUACUGGAGCAUCGAUCGUCUGCUGUCCUUAUGAAAAUAUCGUGAACGAAACGUCAGCAGCGGGAAGAGAGCUGGACGAUUGCGCUGGCAUGUAUCGUGAGGAACGUGACCGAACAGCGGCAAUGAUGUACAGUAAUGGACCCGUCCAGGAUGACAAUCCACAUAUGGUACAAUUAGGUACAGAAAAUUCGGAUGGACAGAUGCGCUGGAACUGUCGCGGUACAAUCAUCAGCCGAACGGUUGUUGUAACCGGGUGCCAAUGUUUGUUGAGCCAAGGCAGUAAACCAAUGGCUGUUCGGUUAGGAAUGUCCGAGACGGCAUCAUCCGUGGAGGUGAAGGAAGUCAUCUAUCAUCCCGACUACACUAAUACCACCAAGCAGUUUGAUGUGGCUUUGGUUCGGUUAAAGAGCCCAAUUGAUACAGCAGCAUCGGGCAAGUUUCCGGCAUGCCUCUGGACUAAUCAAACGCACACACCGUUCAAGAUGAUUCAGACUGUGAUCAACGAAACGGUCGAUGAGUACACUGAUGUGACGGCAAAGUACAAUUCGGAUUGUGCCUGGUCGGCUGGAAACGCCAUCAGCCAGAGCCAAUUGUGCGUAGCGAUGGGGCAGGAAAACAACAUCGUUUCCAGUGGGGAUCCACUGUUUUGGUCGAACGGCGGACAAGAUAAUGAUCAGCGUGUUGAGUAUCUGGUGGGAAUGACAAGCUAUUCGGCGGCGAAAGAUAAAUCGAUCCAUGUGCACAGCCGUAUGUCCUGGUUCGCCAGCUGGAUCAAGAAUAUCAUAUAGAUUGUAGACAUAAGGUUAUCAAUUUCUUGAGAUACGCAUGUUCUUAGAAUGAUCCGAUUUUACCAUUUUCAAUUAAAAAAAAAAUUGCUUGACAUAAACGGAGGAAAAAAGGAGCAUCAAUGUGUAGCUAUUCCAUGAAGAAUAGAAUGCCAUGAUAGAAAGGGGCUAAUCUCUGACUAUACCUCUGGGGCGAUAAUAUUUUUUUACAACCUAAAGGAAACACCGAAUAAUCAAUAAAUAAAUGCACGAAGAUCAGA